AUGGCGAUAGAGGCUCAUGCUGAUGCUGAGGAUUGGGAUGGUGGCUCGAGUUCGGAUGAUGAGGUUGCUGCUUGGGCUCAGCUCGCCCGCGCUACGUACUCGAUCAAGAAGUCAAUGAUGAUGAGCAAGACUGCGAGCUCGAACAAGGCCAAGCAUCUAGCUACGUUCAAGAGCGGCCGCUCGCGCAAGCGUUCGCGCCCGCAGCAGCUCCCGUUCUCGGCUGCGGCCUGGAUCAAGCGCAAGGGCGAUGACGCUGGCGCACCGGGCGAUGAGAAGAGUCCGGCAGCGGGCUCAGGCUCAGGAUCGUCCUCGUCCUCCUCUUCCUCGUCAUCAUCGUCUUCGUCGAUGUCGGCCGAGUCGCGGCGGCGGUUUGCGUCGGUGGUCAUGGCGAGCCAGGCCCCGUCGAUUUCCCGGCGUGAGAUCCGCGACAACGAAGCGGCGGUCGACAUGGCCAACAUCCUCGAGGCGUACGACAAGCUGAUGGCUAUGCGGUUCACCGCCGCUGACGGCGGGGAUCUCUGGUGCCUUCCGUCGUCGGACGUGUCAGACUCGGACAUCUGCGACGAGUCGGACGGCGUGUAUCUGACGGCUGCCGCAGCGGUGCGGGUGACCCACGCGUCGGUUGCCGCCCAAGUCCGCGCUGAGGCAAAAGCACUCGCCCUCCGGGUCCCUCAGACGCCCGAGGUCAAGGCUGCCAUUGCCGCCCGCCGCGAGCAGCGCGCCGCCAAGCGCCGCAAGCUUCGCGACUCCCGCCUCGCCGACAUCAUGGGUGAGGUCGCUGCGUACAUCCCGCUCGCCGGCGCUCAGAUACAGGCGCAGUUUACCGAGUCUGCCAAUGCACUAGCAUCGUUCUACCGAUGCUCGCUCAACCAGCAUGAGACUGCUUUCCGGACUGGAUACCUCGCCGCUGUUGGCGAGGUUCUUGACUUUGUCGCUCAGCAUCAUCAUCAUCAGCAACAACAAGCAUCAUCAUUGGCACCAGCAACAACAUCGCAGCAGCUCGCUGAUGAUCUCGGACAGACCAACUCGAUCGACACGCCAGCGCUGGUGGCCCAGCUGAUGGCGAUGCGAUCUGCGGCACCGUCGUUUGCGGCCAUCGAGUCGGCGAGCGAGCUGGGAAGCGCUGAAGCUGGCCAGCUGGAGCUCUCGGGCACUCCGCGUAUGGGAGCGGUCGGAGGCGGCGGACGUGAUGGCGACGGUGCUGAUGACGAGAGUGGUGUGGAGAUGGAUGUGGCUGGCGGUCGGUUGCGGGCGUCGUCGCCGGUGCAGACGCUGGAGGACUCGCUCGGAUCGCUGCACUGCUCCGAGGCCGGGGCGACGCGCAAGCGAUCGCUAGACGCGAUGCUGCUGGAGAAGGAGGAGGCCGGGCCGUCGGCGGUGCCAGCGGUGACGGUCAACGGCGACAUGGUGUCGAUCCGCAGCGAUGAGGCCGGACCGCCGGCCAAACGCAACCGGCCGCUGCGGGGAGGAUGA